AUGAAGCGUCAUCUCCGAACACUCAUCUCCGAACAAGAAUAUACGGUCGAGGAGAUUGUGGAUCAUGCACGUUUCGAUGAUUUGUACUUUCGAAAGCUGAUGUAUCUCAAAAAUCAUCACGCGGCUACGGACGAAAUUAUGGGGCGCUUCGUCCCACGAAUCAAAAAAGGCGAAGAAUGUAGCAAAUAUGUUUACAGGACGCGUUGGGCUGGAUAUCGACCAGACGAAGACACAUGGAAGCCUGAAGCUAACUUUUGGAUACCCGACAGCAAUGGAAAGAUUGAGGCGAAUGAGCUCCUGACCACCGAUUCUUUGUCAAAGUCUACGGAACAAUGGGUGAAGAAGAAAGAAAAAGAGGGCAGUAGGAGGAAAUCGUUUGCUGCAUUAAAUGGCUCUUCAUCUAGCGAUGACGAACAACCGCCGAACAGAAAACCAUUGAAAAGGAAUACUAGCAAGAAGCUGCAUUCAACUUCGAGUAGCUCAAGUGACAAAAGUGAAGAUGAAUCGAGUCAAUCAUCCGAUGGUCAACCAUUUUAUUUCGAGAUUCCUGUUGCGGAAACAUAUGCUACAAUGAAGGCAGAUGAAAGAAAGAGGAAACAAAAAGAGCUCAAUCGAAUUUACAAGAACGUGAACGGUGAAGGAGUUUGCUUUGGAGAAGAAAUGGAAAAUGAUACCAACACAUCCGAGGAUUCUUUUAUCGAGCCGCUACAAAAAGACCCAAUAAAACUGAAAAUCAGAAUUGAUCCGCUUGAGAAACUUGUCACUUGUACGCCAGUUGAUAGAGCACGAAAGCAAACUGUAGAUGAGUCUAAAAUUCGACCCAAAAAGCCAUCAGUACAGAAUAAGCCGCAACAGCGAAUUCAAGAAGCAACGAUCUCCACGAUUGCCGCAGGAAACAGUCGAGGCCGAAAAUGUUACCAAUACUGUACC